AUGGCAUUAUCCGCAGCCCAGAAGUACGAACUGCGCAGACAGUCACGGCAGAGAUCCUACCAGAAACGUCGCCUGGACUACCUCGAAGGGAAAGGCACAGCAGUGAGAGAAUCCACGCCAAACAGCCCCAGUCAACCCCGUGAGCCCUCUCGUUACCUUACGGCGCUCAUCAAGUUCGAGCCACAUCGUAGGGCCGCUAUUGAACUCAUGUUUCGAGCCGACAAACUUACAGCGAGGCUCGAUUUCGCAGAGAUGCUUGAGCCGCUUAUUGGCAUGGCUUCCACGGAAAGGCAGCGGUACGUGUACAAAACCGCAGAGCCUAACGAGCAGAACUGUUGUCAAGUCGGUGGCAAACAUGUUACCAAGCUUCGGCCUACGUUUGCCCGUAAUAGUUUAAAUCCGCUUGGCAUCUGCAUGAACAGCGGCACAGCAGAAUAA